AUGUUCAAAUUGAAGGGUUUUAGAAAAAAUCAACUUGAAGCAAUUGUUCAAUCACUGGAUGGAAAGGACGUUUUUGUAGUAAUGCCAACCAGUGGCGGAAAAAGCUUGUGCUAUCAAUUGCCUGCACUGAUAAAAACAGGAAAGACCAAAG